AUGGCAAAAACUUAUGUGAAACCCAAGGAGAUGUCAGAGUUGGUCAACACACCGUCCUGGAUAGACAAAAGUCUGGGUUCUCAGAAUGAGAUGGAGGAGGAGAGAAAACCAGGUGCUUAUGGGAUGCUUGGCAGCUUAGCUGAAGAACAUGACAGUAUUGAGGAAGAGGAAGAGGAGGACGAGGAUGGGGAGAAACCUAAGAGAAGAGGUCCCAAGAAAAAGAAGAUGACAAAAGCUCGCCUGGAGAGGUUCAGGGCUCGAAGAGUCAAGGCCAAUGCUAGAGAACGGACCCGGAUGCAUGGCCUGAAUGAUGCCCUGGACAACCUGAGGAGAGUCAUGCCAUGUUACUCUAAAACCCAAAAGCUCUCCAAGAUAGAGACUCUUAGACUGGCCAGGAACUAUAUUUGGGCUUUGUCUGAGGUCUUGGAAACCGGCCAGACACCUGAAGGAAAGGGCUUUGUGGAGAUGCUCUGUAAAGGGCUCUCUCAGCCCACAAGCAAUCUGGUGGCUGGAUGCCUCCAACUGGGCCCGCAGUCUGUCCUCCUGGAGAAACAUGAGGAGAAGUCUGCCAUUUGUGACUCUGCCAUCUCUGUCCACAACUUCAACUAUCAGUCUCCUGGGCUCCCCAGCCCUCCUUAUGGCCAUAUGGAAACGCAUCUUAUUAAUCUCAAACCCCCAAUGUUCAAGAGUUUGGGAGAAUCAUCCUUUGGGAGUCAUCCACCUGACUGCACUACACCACCUUAUGAGGGCCCACUUACUCCACCCCUGAGCAUCAGUGGGAACUUCUCCUUGAAGCAAGAUGGCUCUCCUGACCUGGAUAAAUCCUACAGCUUCAUGCCACAUUACACCUCUGCAAGUCUAAGCUCAGGGCAUGUGCAUUCAACUCCCUUUCAGGCUGGUACCCCUCACUAUGAUGUUCCUAUAGAUAUGUCCUAUGAUUCCUACCCCCACCAUGGCAUUGGGACUCAACUCAAUACAAUCUUCACUGAUUAA